AAAAGAGCAAAGGGAACGAUACCAUUAGUCCCAAUACCAAUCCUUGCAAAAUUCAAACUCAAACAAACCGUUUAUCUCACGCGCCGCCGUACUCGCCACGAUCCGUCUUUGGAGACCAAUUUAUGGAGCCGCCGAAGGGAGAUACCGUAGUGAAGACUGAGGUCCCGGUGAAGGAUCCAUCGCUAAGCGUCGUCGAUUCGAAAACGAAGGGAGUCGAGGAUGCGAACACUGAGAUAGCCUUGUCCGAUGAGGUUGAAAUCGAGACGAAGGGAAGCGAUUCGACACCGGUGAAAGCUCCGAGUCGAACAUCGUCUGGAUCGAAGAAAUCUGUACAUUGGAGCCCCGAAUUGGUGUCUGGAUCUCAGGAACCGGAUCAGAAAGCUGCAUCGUCUUCUUCGGCUGGAUCUAAUCCGUAUAUUGCUCGUUCUCCAGCUGAGACUUCAGAUGCUUCGUUGAAAGAUACGAUGGAGACUGUGAAAGGAGUGCUUGGUAGAUGGGGAAAGAGGGUUGCAGAAGCAGCAAAGAAGACGGAGAGCCUUGCCGGGAACACAUGGCAACACCUGAGAACUGCUCCGAGUUUUGCGGAUGCUGCAAUGGGAAGAAUUGCACAGAGUACAAAGGUCUUUGCAGAAGGAGGAUAUGAGAAGAUAUUCCGACAAACCUUUGAGACAGAUCCCGAAGAACAGUUGCUAAAUUCUUUUGCAUGUUACUUGUCAACAUCAGCUGGCCCAGUUAUGGGAGUUCUAUAUAUAUCCAGUGCCAAACUUGCUUACUGUAGUGACAACCCUCUCUCCUAUAAAAACGGUGAUCAAACCGAAUGGAGCUAUUACAAGGUAAUGUGUCCUACACCUUUCAUUUCAGAAUUAUAGCCAUUUUGAAGACACCAUAUUAUUACUUUUGUGAUCAUUAACUGUUCGAAAUCUGUUGGCUGGUUAUCUGGUCAAUGCUUGAGACAAUGUUUCGUUAUAAUUUGUUAGUAGCAUCAACUAAGGAGCCUUCGUAGAGUGAUUCAUUUGGAUAGAAAAAUAAUCUGGACUUGUUAACGGAAUCAUAAAUCCAUGGACUUUUUUUUUGUGAUAGUAAUAACAUGAUUGCAUCAGCUUCUCAUCUCUUGUUUCAUCGAAACCAAUCCGAUACGAUUGCAUUUGCUUAUUCAUUGUAAUAAGCUUUGCUACAUUGAUGAUUGAUGAACACUUUGUGUCUUCUUCUUAAAUAGGUAGUAAUUCCAUUACAUCAACUUAAAGCAGUGAAUCCAUCAGCGAGCAUAGUCAAUCCUGCAGAGAAGUACAUACAGGUGAUUUCGGUAGACAAUCAUGAGUUUUGGUUCAUGGGUUUUUUAAACUACGACGGCGCUGUCACGUCUCUGCAAGAUUCUUUGCAAGCCGGUGCUUUAAGGUCGGUGUGAUACAUAACUGGAUGACUGAUGACCAUAAAAGCAUGUUGAUCUCCACCUCUUCUUGCUUAGUCAUAUCAGAAGACUCAAAUUUUUACAUUAUUUUGCAUUUAAUCUCAAUAUCCUAUUUACUACAGAAACUAGCUGAAUUUUACAAAUUUACUUUAAAAUGUUUUAUCUUUUGAUAUUUUUAUGAGAAGACAGCUUAAUUGCAAUUUAUUCAAUAGCAGUUGCUUUUAGUUU